AUGUUUUUGUGGAAAUAAGGGUCAAUGCACAAUAGCUUCACGAAAGUCAUUCACAAACGAGAUUGUAGUUUGGGUCUGAAGUCGGUUAUAAAGAAAGACAAAGAUAUCCACGUGCACGUGGAUAUGAUUUUUUGGAGUAUCUAUUUUGAUAUUUUUUUGAUCAUAAGAUGAAGGAAUAUUUAAAAAGCGGACUUGUUAAGCAGAAAUCAAACAAAAAAAUAAAAAUGGAAAGUGACGAUUCUGAUGAUUAUGAAGAUGAUUGGGAUAUUUCCCAAAUGGAAUCAGUAGUAAACAAACGACAUUUAUCUGACGAAGAAAUUGAUACAGUUCCUAAAAAAAGGAAAAAAACUGGUAAGGAUUUAUACAAACCUCCAACAGCAGACGAAUUAAACCAGCUUAGAGAAACCGAAAAUUUAUACCAUUCUAAUUUAUUUCGACUUGAAAUUGAAGAAAUUCUUAAUGAAGUGAAGCUUGCAAAAAAAUAUAAAACACUUUUUAAUUGUUGGUUUUCUACAUUAAAAGAAUGUAUUGAUUCGAUUGAAGAGACUAAAGAAUACAAGUUAAGUGACGAAACUUUCUUGAAAAAACUUGAUUUAAAUAUUCCAAUUGCCAAUUUACCGAAUGAAGAAAAGGGGACUUUUAAAUUUAUAAAACCAUCAAAAAUAAGCGUUAUUGGUUCUUAUGCUUAUGAGACUAAUAUUAAUACAAAUACAAUUAUUGAUAUUGCAAUCGAAAUGCCAGUAAAUUCAUUUCAAAAAGGCGACUAUCAAAAUUUUAGAUUUUUAAGAAAGCAAAGGCUUUAUUUAGCUUAUAUAGCCUCAAGAAUUAAUGAGAAAAUUGUUGGAAGAAAAUCUUACAUUGGUAAUAAUGAGAAUGUUGUUUUAAAACUUAUUCCGGAUGGGAAACUUGGUAAAAAAUGCACUAUUUUCAUUCAUAUCGCGGCACAAGAAAACAGUUUUAAAUUUAGUCGCUUUUUACCCGAUAGAAAUAAUGUAAGACCAGGAUGGUAUUUCAAAACUGGAUUACGUGAAGAAGUUACAGAUCCGCUUAGUUCAACACCACAUUAUAAUUCAAACGUUCUUCGUAGUCUAACAAUGCUGAAAACAAAUGAGGAAAAUGAAAAUUUAAUUAAAGAAUAUCCAAAUAUUCGAGAUGGUAUAAUUCUUUUAAAAAUAUGGUUAGGUCAGCGUGAGUUAAUUAAAGGAUACAAUGCUUUUACUGGUUACAUUAUUACCAUGUACGUAAUAUAUUUAUUACGUACAAAAAAGCUUAACACUUUUAUGAGUAGCUAUCAAAUUGUAAGAAAUGUUUGGAAUAAUUUAGCCCAAAGUAAUUGGAAUCAAAAUGGAAUAUCUUUAUGUGAAGAGAAUGAGAGCCUUGAACGAUUGACCGAGUUUCAAAAAUAUUAUAAUUGUGUUUUCUUAGACUCAACAGGAUAUCACAACAUUGCUGCAAGUAUCUCUAAAGAAAUGAUUUCUUGGAUUCAGGAUUUAGCAGCGGCUUCAGUAUCAUCUUUAGACAAUGGACAAAUCGAUAGCUUUCAAAUUCUUUUCAUGAGAAGAGUUCCGCUGUAUCGAACUUUUGAUAAUGUCAUUUGUAUCCAUGACACUGAAGCUUUAAAAAUUAUUUCACAUAAACUGUCUACAAAGGAAGAUAAACUUAAUAUUGGACCGAAUGAUUAUCAACGAUGCGUUAAAUUAAUUCUUAGUAUCUUGAAAGAAGGUUUGGGAGAAAGAUUGUUGAAUAUUUUUGUGAUGCCAGAACAAUUCAAAGAAUGGAAAAUAACUGAUGAAUUUCCAGAAUAUCUGGACAAAAUUUUUAUUGGAUUGAAUUUUAAUCCGGAUCAUUUUUUUGAUAUAAUUACCAAGGGUCCAGAAGGAAAUUCAUCAAAGGCUGCGGAUUUUAGAAAAUUCUGGGGAGGAAAAUCAGAGUUGCAUCGUUUCAAUGAUGGUUCGAUUCAUGAAGUUGUUGUUUGGGGACAAGGAAAAACUAUAGAGGAAAAAAGAAGUUUAACGCAGAAAAUAAUUUUCUUUCUCUUUCAAAAAAAGUUAUGCCUUCACAGAAGUAAAUUUUUCUAUCUUGGUAAUCAGUUGGAAAAUCUUUUAAAAUUAAAGAAGAUGAAAACAAUGAACUUUGAUUAUGGAACAGGAGAAGAGGCUUCACUGAGAGUAAUUCAAGUUUUCAAUGCUUUAGAGAAAGAAUUGACCUCUCUUACGGAUAUGCCACUUUCGAUAACUGGAAUAAGUGGCUGUAGUGCAGUUUUACGAUACACAGAAGUAUUUCCCCCACUGACAAACAUCACUGGCAAAGGGAUGAAUGUUUUAGGCAAAGAUGAAAAAUACACGUUCCUCAAAGAAGGCAAUUUGAAAAAGGUUUCUCUUUAUGUACAACCUAUUGAAAUCAGCAUUCAGUUAUUAACAAGUGGAAAGUGGCCAGACGAACUAGAAGCAAUUCAAUGUACAAAAGGUGCUUUUCAAAUUCAGAUUGCUGAAUGUCUUAGAAAACAAUAUAAUUUAACUGCUCAGGGAUGUCUUGAUUACACAGACGUUUUUAAAGAUGGAUUUUUAUUCCGUUUAAGAAUAGCUAGUCAAAAAGAAAUAGCUCUUAUGAAACAGAAAAUUGGAGAAGACGGGAUAAUUAAAUACAGAGAUACAGAUGAAUCAGUUGAUCUUGAGAAAAGAUUAUUCCAUCUGCCGAAAUUGAGUGGAGCUUUACAUGGAUUACACUGUCAACAGCCUUCUUUUGGACCUGCUUCUUGUUUGGCUAAACGUUGGUUAUCCUCUCAGUUAAUAGACGAUUCACAUUUCCCUAAUAUUGUAGUAGAAUUACUUCUGGCCUCGAUUUAUUUGACGCCAGACCCUUACAAACCAGCUCAAACACCUCAAGUUGCGUUCUUUAGAUUACUGGAAUUAUUUUCUCGAUCCUAUUGGAGUACAGAUCCCAUUAUUGUUAAUUUUAAUAAUGAAAUGACUCGUGAACAAAUUAUAAUGGUGGAAAAUGAAUUUAGAACUUCUCGAGAAACUUUACCACUCUUAUUUAUUUCAACGCCUUAUGAUCAUCAAAAUUCUCUCUGGACUAAAACAGCACCAAAUAUUUUAAUACUAAAUCGAGUUAGUUUAAUGGCUGUGGAAGCAUUAAAGUUAUUGGAAAGUCAAAUUCUUAAUUCAACAUUAAAUUAUAAAGGAAUGUUUAAAACUCCAUUAAGUGAAUAUGACUGUCUGAUACAUCUCAAGUCUGUUUAUAAUUCUCGAAGAUAUGAAGCAAUUGAAAUUGACGAAGAAGAACCUAUUCUUGAAUGUCGUUCUUUUAAAACAUAUCAAAAGCAAAAUAUACCAGUUGUUAAUUUCAAUCCAAUUGAAUUGUAUUUGAAGGAACUCAGGUCAAGCUAUAGUGAAUUCGCAUUAUUCUUCCAUGACACAUACGGCGGGACAGUAAUCGGAGUUCUCUUGAAACCAUCAGUUUUAGAACCUAAAGAAGAAAUUAAGGUUGCAAACUUUCAUUUUCGUAAAUUGAAUUCGAAAGGACAAUUCGUUUUUGAUUUACCAACGAUGAUAGAAAACUUUUAUAUUAUCGGAAAAGAUAUAAUAGCAGGAAUUGAUAUUCAAUCUAAAAGAAUAUCUAUGAAUUGAAUAAAAUUUGAAAAAUGAAUAUUUGUACAAAGCUAUUUUUAGUACACAUGUAUAAUUAAGGUUUUUAAUAAAAAGAAUAUAAAUAUUAUAAAAGUAGUUUUUUGUUCCAUAAAGAAAAGAAAAAAAAGUUAGGUAAUUUUAAGGAAAAUUAAACUUUAUUCAUUGACUUGGUCUGACUAUAUUAGUUAAUAUAUAAAAAAAGGAUUCAUUUGAAAAGAAUCGGGAGAGUAACAUAAAUUAUAUUUCAUUACUUUUGAAAGCAACGAGAGGAAUCUCUGAGAUCUAUGUUGCGAACAAAAACACAGAGUACUUCAUAACGACUUUUUUUUACUUGCUAAGCGCGUGACACAAAUGACAUAUUUACAAGGAAUAAGCAUCCGCGCAGUCCGUAUUUUUCUUUCUGCCAAAGCGUCGCAUCCGACAAACUCACGUGGAGUUGAUCCUUAAAUAACAAAUUAAUCAUACAGCUGAUUAUUACGAAUUAAAAAUUAAGACCAAUCACAGUUUACAUGUAUGUAUGUAGAGUAAAUGAAAAGAGCUCAACGAAAAAGCUCUUAAAUGUCAGAACUGACCGACAAUUAAUCUUACUCAAACAAUUUUUUUAUGUACACAAAAAAUCUAAAACAGAUAAUUAUUUAGUCUUAAAACAAACUAUAAAUUAGAUUACCAAAAUGUACGUUGUCAAUUCCAACAAAUACCCCGAAAGCAUUCUCUUUUUAAAUGUCAAUAACAACAAUUUGAAAUAAAUUAUUGUAAAUAAAUUUUAGCAAAAAAAUAAAGUAUACAUUAUUCUUCAGAGAUAAUUAUUGGAACGGAACGAACGUAACUCCCGUAAAUAAGGAGUAAAUUUUUACUAAUUACUAAUGUUAGUUUAAUAUUCUAUUGUCUGAAAUUGGCUGCGUCUUAUUUAUUAUAUGCUUAUUUUGUAAUUAUUAUUUUUGUCUCAAAUACUGAUUGAAUUAAAAAUGAUGAAGCGUUUUUUGAAAGAAAAAAUAUGGAUUUUCAUUUUUCUAAGGUUCUACACUGCUAAUAAUCCAACUAUGGAAGAAAUUAGGUAACUUAUUAAAUUAUUAUUAAUAUAUUAAUGAGUAUUAAAUUUGAAAAAUAGAUCGCAGACAAUUUUAAACAAUAUAACAAAUAACUGACACAAUUAAAGAUAUUUUUGUCAACAGUCAAGACGCAUCGCUUACCUAUAGAGUGUUAAAUUUAUUAAAUUCAUUGCAUUCGAAUGACUAAUAAUCGUCGAAGUGGUAAUAGUUUAUUAAUCGUCAUUAUUCUUAAACCUAUUAUUAUUCAACUUAGGUAUGUAUGUAAAUCAAAUCUAAUACAUUUUUUUUCCUUAACUUUGCAUCUCAUCUUAUUCAAAAAGUUAAUUAUUAUGUACAAACCCAAGCUGCCAAUUCCUUUAAUAUAACUCUUCAAGCUGCGAAAUGGAUUGUAGUCUACUAAUAAAGUUAAAAAUAAUCUUUUCAACUUUCAAUGUAAGAAAAUUAUAAUAAUGAUAUACAAAAUCUGGGUUUUAUAGACUAAAAUCCUUUUGGUUGCAAAGGAACAAGUAGAAAACAAAAUUACAACUUAGAUUCGGUACUGAUUCAGUUAAAAUUUUUGUUUUUGGUUUUCAUUUUACUGUAGGUUAAAUUGCUUGCAUGGAAAAUUAAAAAAUGAUUGUUUUAAAAUCAUAAUGCUGCAUGCCAUCAGAUUUUUUACUACAACAUUAUAUAUUGAAGAGUAAGUUUCUCAGCUCCCAAAAAGAGGAAGCUAAAUUUAGAUAAUGCAUUUUCUACUUUUAUAUAUCUGAUAAAUGUUUUAUAUGCAUCCCUCUCACUCAGUUUCGACGAAAUAAAUGAUGUAACCAAAACUGAAACAUCAUAUUUCUAAAAUUAUAUAAUACAUAAAAAUUAUCAAGAAAUUAACAAUUUAAUCCAUUUUCUAAUUAGAAUUUCUUAAAAUGAGAAAAUAAAGAUACGUUUUGACAUAAUAGAAUAAUAAUAAAAAUCAUUUUCCGAUAUUUUGACUACAUAGUGAUAGCAAAAUUUGAAAAUAUAAUAGAAUUUUAAGAAACUAAACCCCAAAGAGUUUUGCUUUCAAUUCCAAGGCUUGCUCGCUAUGAGUGUUGGAAAAUAAGAUUUUCUAUUUGAUCUCAAAUGCAUUAGAGAAUUGAUGAAAGCAGCAAAACUUGUAGACAUUAGUAAGUCUCAAAUAUGUACGAAGUCGUGUAAACAAAUUAACAAAUAUACAUAUAAACAAUGUAUGUGUUUUACUUCUUUUUGUUCUUCAAAUUAAUUACUCUAUAAAUAGGUAUAAUAAUUCCAUCAUUGAGGCACGCAUAACGGCCAUUUUAAGAAAGAGUUGAAACACCUUUUAAUUGGAAAAUUCACAACCAUACUUAACCAACAGUCAGUCAUAUUAUAUUAAAAUGUUUUAAAAAUUUGUUCGCAUAGUCAUUCAGAGCUUAAGAAAUUUCAUGCGAGUUUUAAUUCUUCGCAUUCUGAUGUGAGAAAAUUAACGAACUCGUUCUGUACUCAUAAUUAUCGUUUUGUAUUUUCGCACGUUCUUAUAUUUGAUUAACUUAAAAUUAAAACGCUUGCAUCGCUCUUGCAUACUGGACGAAUUGAAACCAAGUGCGCUACUUUAUUUCAUCUUUCUUCUCUGGCAUGAUCAAAAGGGAAAAUGGAAGAAAACUUUUUUAGUGAUACCUCUGAGAAGAAAAUAAAAAAAGUCUUCUCUUUUCAUCAAGCCACAUUACUUUAAUAAUUCAGGGAGAAAAAUUAAAAAAAGAACACAUUUUUUCUUUCUCCCUAAAUUUAUAAUCGUUUAAACUUCCGGUUUUUUAAUACUAGUGGAAAUACAUUUCAAAUUUAUGUACCUGGUUCACUAAGCAUUAAUUUAAACCGCAAUAUUACUUUGAUCAUACGAUUACUUACGUUUCAGAUAAUCGUACUUCUAUUUUUUGACUAAAGCAAAAAAUGGACAAAUUAAUUGUUAAAACAUUCUUUCGCAACGCUUUCUAUAAGUACAUCGACUUGGUUUAUGAAUACUCGUUUGUUAUCCGUGAGUAGAUUAGUGCUAUUGAGUUUAGAUUGAUGUCGUACUCUUUUUUCAUAUAAAAGUACUGGAUUUGUGCUUUCCAAAUAUUUUUGUACAAAAUUUUACAACAAAAAAUGUACAAGACAUAGGUAUUUCGAAGAUUCAUAUAAUGAAUAAAAUAGAAUGAAUUUGUUCCCAAAAUUAAAUAAAUACUUAAAACACUAAGUUAAUUGAUAUUUUUUAAAGAAAUUGGUUAGAAACAAACAUGGAACUCAGAUUAAUGAAAAUUAUUACAAAGCAUAUUAAUAGAUUUGAAAACUGUAAAAUCUAACAGCAAAGCUAAGAUUCUUAAAAAAUUAUUUAUCAAUUGUGUAAAAUUUCAUCAAAAUAUAUGAAGAUAUAAGUGAAACUCGAAUUUUAUUAAGUGACAAUUUUCUAUACUUUUAAGCAUUAAUUAAUUUAGAAAAUAAAACAAUUUCAAUCACAGAUAUCAAAUGGCUACUAAACUACUCUCGGCAAACUUAAAAAAAAAAAAAAACAAA